UUAAAUAUAGUUUAGCUUUGGGGAAAAGUUCGGUAUCUCGCGUUUGUGUGUGCUGCCUAUAAUAUUGUAUAUUAUAGUAUUGGAGAGCAGUUCUUAUUUGAAAUAUUGCGUUUACCACAAUCGGUCCCUGCGAAAAGUGAAAUAAAGAAAACAGCAAAAAUAAUUGCAAAAAGAAGUAAACAAUCCACAAAAGGAUUUUACAAAAAAUAUUAUUUCAUCCUCUUCUGAAACAAAGCCGUAAAAGGUGUGAAAAAGUUUCAAGUAGCUAGUCUUCUGCAGCAAUAAAGCUGGAAUUGUGUGUGCAAACUUGAAAGCAGAGAAAAUUAAAAGUUAUUUCUAAGGUAAAAUUAUAAAAAAAUAAUGCUAAAAUAGUGGUUAAAUAGUGUUCACCGAAAAGUUUACUGGUAGCAACCAAAAGCAGUGUAUAUCUUUCUUGCAGAUUUGCAAGGUAUAAAUCACGGAAAAUACGCGUUACUAUUUUCUCUUUGUGCAAGUGUCAUAAACUAUUGCAUGGAUUAAAGUUGGAUAUACUUGUAUAAUCUUCACUCAACCUUGGAUGUAUAAACUUCAACCCUUGUGAAUAUUAAACCAUGAUUCUACGACUAUGCAGAUAAAAAUAAUGGAUACAAAAAUACAUUUCUGGGUCAUCCUCCUGAUGACAAUUUUCAUUGAGAAUGCAUCGGUCGCGAAACGCCUGAACGCCAGUCAAGCUUUCGAUGAUACUUGGAAUACCGCCUCCGAUUUGGAGAAUGAACUAGAAUGCAUGUUGCAGCAAAAGCGUGCCAAAAGCAGCAGCAGCAGCUCAUCAUCGUCGGGCAGCAAAGAUGGCCAAUGGUCCGGCUGGUCGGAAUGGUCGACCUGUUCACGUACCUGCGAUGGCGGCAUUAUGCAACAAAUACGCCGCUGUUACAACACAAAUGGCUGCAAGGGCGAAACCAUACGCUAUCGCAUCUGCAACAUGCAGCCAUGCCCCGAGCUGCAAGACUUUCGGGCGCAUCAGUGUGCCGCAUACAACGAUGUGCCCUACGACGGUACACUCUACACGUGGACGCCGCACUACGACUAUGUGGAGCCAUGCGCGCUAACAUGCAGAGGCCGUCCCGCUCAUUUACAUUUGGGCGACAGCGCAUCAUCCGAAGUUGUUGAGGAUCCCGAACACUAUGAUGAUCAUGUGAUCGUACAACUGUCGGCGAGCGUACAAGACGGCACACGCUGUCGAACGGGCAGUCUCGAUAUGUGCAUACAGGGUAAAUGCCAGCGCGUCGGCUGUGACUUAAAAAUCGGUUCGACGAAAAAGAUCGACAGCUGUGGCGUUUGUGGUGGAGACAGCAGCUCCUGUUCGCAGCCACUUUACUAUUGGGAGACAGCGCCAACAACACAAUGUUCGGUGACAUGUGGCGGAGGCUAUAAGAUGUCUCAACCGUUGUGUCGAAAUCGUGUCACCGGCGUAGAAGUCGAGGACUCCAUGUGCGGUCCCCAACGGCCGGAACCGUCGGUGCUGCUCUGUAACACACACACCUGCCCACCAAGGUGGAUCACUGAUGACUGGAGUCCAUGCAGUCGCCUCUGUGGACCUGGCUACCGUGAGCGCAUGGUGGUGUGUGCGGAGGAGAAUAAUGGCAUCAAGACAACGGUGCUGGAUGUGACGUGUCGUGCGCCAAAGCCAGCCACACAGGAACCGUGCAUGAUAGAGAAGUGCCCAACGUGGGAGGUGGAAGAAUGGACUGGAUGCUCAGUAACUUGUGGGCAGGGCUUGCAGAUGCGUGGAGUGGAAUGCAAAUCGGCCGAUGGCAGACACAGCGCCAAAUGCGACCCACUUACGAAGCCCGCAUCGGUGCAGCAAUGCUCAACAGGGAUCUCAUGUGACAACGGCGGCGGUACGAUUAUACUCGGCAGCAGCGGACCUCUCGCAUCGUCGGAUGAUGCGGAUGUCGAUGAGGACGAUGAAGAGGAUGACGACGACUCGGCAGAUGUAGAUGAUGUUGAAGAGGGCGCAGAUGAUCCCAGUGAUGUUCGCAAUGGCGAUGCCGGCUUGGUGACAUAUCAUGAUGAGUCUGCACCACAGUACGCACAUCGCUCGGUCAGUCAUCUGCAUCAUGAAGAACCCCAGCAACCACGUGCCGAACGGCUUACUGGUGGCAGUGGCGGUUAUGAUUAUCGCAGUAAUUCGGAACCAGAGUCAGAGGUGCCUGCUGGUGAUCCAAGCUUCGUCAAAGACAGCGAAUGGUCAGCGUGCAGCGUGACCUGUGGUGAGGGCGUACGCCGACGAGUUUAUCGUUGCAAAAUCUUUCUCGAAUACUCGCGCACCAUCGCGACCGUCAACGAUUCGCUAUGCGAAGGCGUCAAACCACACGAUGAAGUAGAGCGUUGUGUCCAGGAACCGUGUAUGCUGCCCUCACAUGCUUACGAUGAUCAAUAUCUACGCGACUCCAUUAAGGUGGGCGUCUCCGAACCCGGUAAAACAUAUGUAUGGCGAGAGCAAGGUUACACCUCGUGCAGUGCUAGCUGCUUGGGUGGCGUUGAAGAGUUGAUAAUAAAUUGUGUGCGCGAAGAUAAUGGACGCGUGGUGUCACCAUUCCUAUGUACGCCUGAAACGAAACCUGAAGCACGAGUGCGUACUUGCAACGAUCGACCUUGCCCACCGCGCUGGAAUUACUCCGACUACACGCCCUGCUCAAAAUCAUGCGGCAUUGGCAUAAAGACACGCGAAGUGCAGUGCAUACACGAGGUGACGCGCGGUGGCGAGAAUACCAUGGUUGUGCCGAAUAGCAUGUGUCCACAACCGCCACCAGCCGAUCGCCAGUAUUGCAAUGUGCUCGACUGUCCGGUACGUUGGGAGGUAGGAGAAUGGUCGAAAUGCUCACACACUUGCGGUUAUGGCAUCAAGGAGCGCAAAGUAGAGUGUAAACAGAUUAUGGCGCAGGAGCAUAAAAUUGAGCGCCCCGAAUCGAUGUGUCCGAGCGCCAAACCGCCAGAUAAAAAACCUUGCAAUGUGAAACCCUGUCCUGUGGAGGAUCCCAAACCCGUCAUACAAGUUAGUAAUACAACGCAUAUACAACACGAUCCUAAAAAGUCGAAGAUUACAUUGAAAGUCGGUGGUGCCGGUGUGGUAUUCUUUGGCACACAAGUGAAAAUAAAAUGUCCUGUGAAACGUUAUAAUCGUACUAAGAUAAAGUGGAGUAAGGAUCACAAGCCCUUGGCACGUUCGCGUAAGUUCAAAGUGUCUAAGAAAGGUGCGCUGCGCAUUUUGGAUAUAACGUUCCGUGAUGCUGGUGUGUAUUCCUGUCAUGCGGGGCAUAGCUCUGCUGAGAUUACUAUUGAUGUGAAGGCGAAACCCGGACAACAACCUGAAGAGCUAAAACUGCAGGAAUCAGAACGUCUUGUUCAUGAACGUGAAGGCACGGAAGCUUUAACCUCUGCCGAUAUGACCACAGCUGGAGAAAAUACGAAUAGCUCCCAAAACACGCGUCGUAAGCAGCAAGGAGCACGAGAAAGCGAUCGACGUGCCAAAAAUGAUCAGUCACAAAAUGUGGACGGCAACAUCAUGGAGAAUGAGCAGUCGCAAUUAGUACAACAGGUCGGCGAGGAUGGCGGUGGCGCGCCAAAAUCCACCAGCGCCUCUAAUGGCGGUAGUCGUGCCAACGUUCUACUGACGAUGCCAUACUUUCAGGCACUACUCAGCAAUUUGCAGCAUUUGUGGCCUUUUCAGAAAUUUGGCGAUUCGAGAGGACAUCACAUGCUGUUCGACAAGGGUCUACAAUUCGGCAUCGAUUUAGAAAAUUUCGAACAGGACGAGCCCAUGCGACCACAAAUCGACGUUGGAGAUCUGCGGACCCUUGCCGCGUCCGAUGCAUAUGCCUCAUCAUCGCUUACAACGCUAGAAGACAGGAAUGACGGUAGCAGCAGCAACGUUAACUCUGACGGCAAUGUUUGGCACGAACAGGAAGCAACAGAGCAUAUAAGCGUCAUCACAAGUACAACAACAAUGCUGCCAACAGUUAGCAAUGCCAUUGGCGCAACACAUGAGGACGACUCACCACAUUCACCGCACGCCAGGUGGCAGAAGCAGGGCGAGGCAGAAACAGCCACGGUGGCCACGAGUAACCAUGUCACGUACGAAUGGCGCAUCGGCGAAUGGUCGGAGUGUUCAGAGAAGUGCGGUAAUGCGGGCGGCGCAGGUUUACGGCGUCGCUCAAUAACGUGCCUACGUUUGCGCCACCACACGCCCGCAUAUAAUUCGCUGGAAUCACACGUGGAAGCGGACAUCGAAACGGUCGACAAUGCGUACUGUGAGGAUUAUGGACUAAGCGUUCCUGACACGUUUGAAAUGUGCGGCCACGAAGAGUGUGCCCGUUGGGAGGCUGGCGAGUGGACUUUGUGUCAGCGUUCGCGUUGCUUUGGGCGCAACACGGCCAUACAAAAGCGUGAGGUUAAAUGUCGCUUUGCGAAUGCCACUGAGGCGACGGAUGCCUGCAGUGUGUCACAGCGUCCAAUUAGUCGACAGGAGUGUUAUAGUGAGCGUUGCAAGGGGGUUUGGCGUGUCGAACCAUGGUCUGAGUGCAAUGCGCAAUGCGGUCGUCAGGGAAUUAAAUACCGCAUUUUACAGUGUGUUUGGUAUGGCACGCGCCGACCAGCGGGCAAUGCCUGUCGCCAUCAGCCACGUCCAGCAGUUAUGAAAGUGUGUAAGAGUCCGCCGUGCUUUGCAAAAACUUUUGACCAAUGCAAGGACACUUCACGGUAUUGUCGCAACGUACGCUCGAUGGGCUUGUGCAGAUUGCACCGUUACCAAGAGAAAUGCUGCAAGUCUUGCCAAUUCAAUGCAUACUACAAUUAACAACAACAAAUAUGGGCAAAGUUAAGAAAAAGUGUAAAAGUCAAGGCUGCGGCGCAAAAGCAAAGAACACAACAACACAAAUAACCCACACAAUCAACAGCAGCUCUCCAAAGAAGUAAACGAAGGAAUAUUCGAAUGCGAAUAUUCAACGGAUUACCAAACAUUAAUGUAAAAUUGAGGUAGAGUGAAAGUAAUAAAAUAGUAAUAAUAAUAAUAAUAACAGUACUAAACAAAUUCCAUACAAAUUCAUGAAGCGAAAAUGUUAAAUAUUUAAGCAGAGAGACAUAAAAACCCAUACUUUCAUGAAUAUAUACUGUGCGAACCGCAACCCAAGCAACUGAAGCGCAUGAUUGGAAGGCAAACAAAUUACCGCUCAAUAAUAAAUUAUUCAUAAAAUAAAUAUUUGAGUAUGUUGAGUGAGUGCGACCAAAUGAUUUGAAUGAAAGCAAAUAAAUAAUAAUAAGCAAGGUAAAUCCAAAUAAAAACUAACUAACUAUAGAUUGCUUUAUACAAGCCUGUUUACACACACAAGUGGAUACACGCAUACUAAUGUAUGUACGUAUGCAUAUAUGUACAUAUAAAUGCGAUUAUAAUGGCAGCAGCCUCAUUGAAAUGCAUUAGUAAAUAGAUAUUUAUAAAAAUGCACCAAAAAUAACAAAAAUAAAAGAAAUCGUUAUAUUUGUGGUUACAAGCAUGCAUAUAUAUACAAAUACAUACAUACAAGAAAGCUAAAUUAUUAAAAUAAAGCGAAUGUGUGUUUAUGCCUGUGUAAAUAUAUAAAUAUUUUAAAGAGAAAAUUAUAUGAUAAUUUAGCAUAAUUUAGAUAUAAACAACCGCCUUAAGAUAUAUAUAAUUUUUAUUUUCACUUCUAUGUGAUCUUUACGCGCAUAAACGAUCAUUAUUUCAUAAUUAGUACCAUAAUAUUUUUUUUUUUAAUUUAACCUUUAAGUUUAAGUGAGUCAAUUAGCACUUUGAAACCACUUUAAUUAGUAUAAAUAGUUCGCUAAUUGACUAAAUUAAAAUGAUGUGUACAACUCCGAUAUAUUUUUCUUAUUUACUAAGGUGCACACAUAUAGUUCAGAGCAUCACAAUAGACAAACGUCUCUAGCUCUGUGCUAGUGAGGUUGUUCAUAUACUCAGCUCCUUUAUUUAACCUAACCCAACAUAUUCCCAAAGGACACAUUUAGAAUGACAGUUUUCGAGUUGCACGCGAUCUCUGACGGUGCAAAAACGGGUCACCUAAUACUGCACUGUUUCCAACCUAUUCCAUGGAUGAAAGAUCUGCAAAAAAUGGCGGCGUUUUAAAAAAAAGUUGAACUUACCCAAUGCUAGGGCUUUUUUUCUGCUAAAAUUCUAUAAACUGGUAGGCCUUUGUAUGGAGAAAUAUAUCGUCACUUGAAAUGCAAACCAACGUAUCAUCAAAAAGAUCGAAAUUGAGUUUUUAUUACUUACAAUUCACUAUAUCAUCUUAUAUCAGUAAUAUCGUAAAAUUUCAAGCUUGCGCUCUCAGAUAUAACCAAUACAUAACCAUUUUAUAACCAAUACAUAACCUUUUUAUGACCAAUACAUAACCACUUUAUAACCAAACCCAAAUUUGGUUUCAAUAUGAGUGAUUUCUAUCAUGUAGUUCUUCCUUCGCCUGUAAAUUUAUAAAAAGUUUUUUUACGUUAUUUUGCAUUCCAAGUGAAGAUAUGCAGAAACAUACAAAAAAAAAAAUCAAAAAAAAAAAAUUUAUAGUGAUCGUGCCAUUGGUAACCGAAUGCUGCCACUUUUGUCGCCAGAGUAAAUCAGGAAAUUGUAGUUUUGAGAAAAGCGCUUUUAAAGAUAAGCUAAUGAGCUGAUUGAACUGAGCGGCUUCACUUGAGAAGCCUAUAGCUCAAAAAUAUUUUAAAAAUUCGUUUAAAGUUUUCGUAGUGUAUUUCAAAGGUAUAAACUAUUAAAAAAAUAAAAAAUAUAUAUAUUUUCCAAAUUUCUCAUGAGAUGUGAAUUAAUUAAACUUGUACAAUAUUAGUGAUGAAGUGAAAUAUACUUCAGAUGUUGUUCAAUUCAAACACUAAUAAAUAUACUUGUUAGCUUGCUAACUCUGUGGUUUCAAGAAGGUUCUAAGAAUAAUAUUAUAUAUACUUGAUUUUUAUUUAAAAGUUAUUUCGUUGUUUAACUUUAUUACACUUCCUUGAAAUUUGUAAUUGUAAUUUGAAAUUAACUCCGUCAAAAUCUAAAUUUUUUCAGCUAAAAAGCUCGUUUACGUAGCCAUAAGCUUGAUUAGUAUAACUAGGUCGAAAAUUUAAAAAGUUGCUUACUAUUAAAUACCGUAAUAAAAUAUCUUGAUAAUCCCCCAGUUUUCUUCAAUCUCCAGCAUGUCGCAGACGGCGGUGCGUUCUCGUUGCAUUCUCGUUGCCAUCGCACAAAUUCAAAGAAUGUGUGUUCAGCUUCGUCGUGGUCUGCCGCGUCGUUGUAUGGACAUAACGGCUCUUCAACUUUCCCUAUCCUGCGGAGGUACUUUUUCAUGUAUCCGUGACCGGAAAUCUGCUGGGUUGUGUAAAAGUCUACUUUUCCAUAUUUACGGCUUGUCCAGAAAUUUAGAUUUUUUGUUAGUUUGGCCAGUCAUCUGCCGUGUCCCUCCUUCUCACAUCUUCGUUGCCAUGUUGUUAUUUUAACUAUCUUUCUUUAUUUGUUCUAUUGCGCUCUUGUUAUUUUCGGAUUUUUUCUUUAGCUCCCACAGCUUGUUCUUUCGUAUGCCAUAAGGUCAGUUGGUGCAUUACCGCUUAUAACUAAUACUGCAUCGCUUGACACUCUUCCAUAGGCUGAUGCAACUCUGGAGCUAUGGUGCGGUGCACACUGACGCCGGUUUUCCUUUUUAAGCACAUCUGCUCAGAUCUCUGCUCCGUAUAAUAGAACGCUGAUUGUCGUAGACACUAGGAGCUUCCUCUUUUCUUAUCUAGGGCCUCCUAUGUUGGCGUGCUGGAUUUGUACCCAGAAGGUUACAAACUGGGAUCCAGUCUUACGCCAAGGUAGUUUCUUCUGCUUGCAUUCUCAGAAUAUUCGUAGUCGCUUUCAUACUUAUUUCGAGGGUUUGUGCUUAUGUGUUAGCAGUAGUAGCUCUGUUUUUUCGGUAUUGAGCUGGAGGUUGUGAGAGUCCAACCAUGCUUACGUCCGUCUCAUGACCAGAUUAAGCUUUCGUAGAACUUCUUCAAUGUCGUCCACGUAGCCAAUUAAGUACGAUUAGUCUUAAAUUUGAGUUUUAGUAUAGCGUGGUAGCCGUGUUUUCCACAAGUCUGAGACUAGAAUGGAUUCUUAUGCUGCUCCUGACGUCACUGCUAUCUGUCGUGAUCCCUAUCUAAUUAGGUACAGCAGUAUUCUUUUACUAAGGUAGCUCCGUACCACAGCUCUGAGGUCGUCGGGGAUUUCAAAGCUUUUAUCGAGAGUGACAAUCAUAUCCACCCAUCUAGCGCUAUUAAAGACGUUUCGGAUAUCUAAAGUCGCUAGCAACACUAAUUUUUUAUAUUUAUGCCAUCUUUGCUGUGCGUCUUCUACACUUUCAAUGACACAUUUUAUAGCUCCUAGAGUGGGUCUAAAAUCAUGUUGUCUAGAGAAGAGUCCUCCAGCUUCAUUGAUAGCCUCUUCGAGUUUGGGUUUAUGCAGCCUUUCACAGAGCUUUUCCGUUGUGUCAAGCAUGCGUAAUGGACGGUAUGCUGAUGGCAAGUUGGCAUCUCCUUUUCCAUUACUGAUUAGCGAAGAGUGAGAAUAUUAUGCAUUUUUUCUUAUUAUGAUGAUCUUUUGUUUUCCUAUUAAGUCUAUAUUAUUUUAAAAUUUCAAUGAAACUAUAAUCUUCCUAGAGCCUUGAGGAAGAUUAUAAUAGUGUCUGAUAAAGUUGACAAGUCAGCAAGAAAAGCAAUUUAAGGAAGUACAGUUUUUCAACUUUAUUUUGUUAAAUAUCCAGUUUUGAUCGUUUUUGUAAAAAUAAUAAAUUAUUUUGUCGUUAAGAAUAUGAUUCAAUGGUUUCCACACACUUUAUAUAAUUAAAUUAAAGCUUAAUUGUAAAAACUUUUUCAAGCUCAACGAAUUAAAAAUUAGUCAAUACAGUUAUAAAUUUGUAAUUAUGCAACAACAACAUAGUUAGUAAUGUAUGUAUUUAAUUAUUAAAUAAGUAUUUAAGCAGCUAAGCCCUUAACACAAGGACAAUGCUUGAUAAUGAAAUAUGCAAAGAAUAAACUCGUAUACAAAUGUAUACCAUACACAGAUAUACUGCAGACAAAAAGUAACAAUACAAAAUUAAAAUUAAACAAAAAGGCGUAAAGAAGUUAAUAAGAUUGAAAUGCAAUUGUGUGUGUGAGCUGUUGUAAGCAAAUGGCGAAUUGUGCGAAGAAAAACACAAAAAAUAAACAAAAAACAAACAGACAAAAGAAAGCAUGAACAAAUAACACAAUUAAGUGUCUGCUUGAGUGAGUGUGUGUGCAAGUGCGUGUAUGUGUGGGUGAAAAAGCACUUCACUGAAUGUUUUUUGUACACAAUAUGAAAAAAUAC